AUGAGUAUUAUGAGCAGAAGAAAAAAUAUUAUCAAAAAGAAAAAGGAAGAUGCUCACAAAAGAAGGGAAGCUAUCAUAAAGGAAAGAAGAGAAGCUGCUAUCAAGUUGCAAAAGUCCCCAAACACAUCUUUGACAGUUGAUGAUUUGACAAACUUACCAUCUUCAUCACCCAACACAUCUUCACCACGCAACCCAAAAGGUAAAAGAAAUCAAAGAAUGAAACAUGACAGCAUUCGAAUCCGCGAGUUGGAUGUAGUGAAGAAGAUCACAAUAGAGGCGGAUAAAAGAAAUGCUGAUCUCCAACAGAUUAGCGAUACCCGAACACCAACCGUGUUUAUUCCCGGGCUCAUCAAUAUUUCAUCCAUUAUACCAUCUCUUGGAACAGAACAUGCUCAAAACCUUUUGAAAUGUUUAGGUUUAAAAAAUGCCAAUGUCGAAAAAGAUCACGAGGGUAACCCAAGCUAUGCCAUCGCCACUCUCUUCCCAGGCUUAUUUGCAAGCGUAAGUAUUUCAAUAUUUAUUACAUAUUCAAGUGCUCAAAUUGAACUUUGUCGGAGACACAAAUUCUUCAUAAUACUUGUAAUUAAUUCUAAAGAAGAACAAUUAAGUAUCUAUCUAGAUGAUAUGACAUAUGAUCCAAAACAGUUACAAUAUAAUUUGAUUUGGAGAAUGAGCAAUGUAUCAAUCAUCAUUGAAGCGAAAAGAAGUGUAUUGAGACUAAAAGGAUUAUAUUCAUCCAAUUCAUUGUAUCAUUCUGACAAUGUCGUUACUCGAUGGUUUAGACAACAGUUGAUUACAAGUAUACCAAUAUUAUGUCAACAACGGUAUAUAUUGAUUGAAUCCCUUUGUUAUACCAUUGAAAAUAUAUCAACCUUUAUCUAUAAAGAUGGAGGAGAAUGGAAUGAAUUGAUAGAAUAUUUUAAUAAUGCAUAUAUGAUUGAAAGGGAUGAAGUUAGAGAACAAGUUUAUACAGCAAUUGGUAGAAUCAAUAGGAAAUGGAACAACAAGAUUGAGAUGAGUGGAAUCUUGGAACAUGUGUUGGAUGAGAAACAAGAGUCUAUUUGUAAUUGUGUGUUGGUGCUACUAGACUAUUCAAAAUACAUUACACUAUUGUGCGAUAUAUUAGUCGCACGAGAACAAAAAUACAGAAACGACCAACCAGACGAUGGCACAAAGAUCAAAAGGGUAAUGAAAGCUUGUUUGGUAAUUGCUGAAACAAUCUUUAGGUCUGAUAAUCUCACCAUGCAAGCUCACCCCGAUAAAGUAUUAACAGUGAUUGAAAUUGUAUUGAAAUCGACCCAGUUUAAAGACCAACAAAAUAUUUUUAAAUAUUAUGUAAAAGCAUUACAAUAUCUUUUAAAUAAUAAUCAAUUUAAUAAUUAUCAUUCAAGAUGUAUUCCAAUAUGUAUAGAUUUAUUAAAAAGAAAGGAGUUGGAUGGGUUGACAGGGUCAACUAGAACACGUAUGGAUGCAAUGACACUAUUAUCACAGUUUGGAUUGGCGUGUGGAAAGAAAGUAUUCUUUAAAGAUUACUUUUAUCCGUUGAUGGUGUAUAUGACCAAGAAAACGAGGAACACUCUUCUCAGUCCAUUCUUUAACGAGUGUAGUCAUUUUUGUCAGAUUGUUGGUCAAGACUUUACCAUUUAUUUGCCAUUCAUCAUGAAGCAUAUUAGAACCGUUUUGUUUAAUGCAGAGGAUGAUGGCUGGGAGUACAAUCGAUUCACAGAAACUUCUCUUCAAAUAUUAGUUCAAUCUGGUCCUAUAUUGGGUGUACACCUUUUCCCUUAUUUUGCCGCAACUGGUAGUGGUAGUGGUUUGGUUCAACCUAUAUGUAAAUUAGUGACUGGUGAUAGUUUAGAUGUGCUACCUGUUGUAUUACAGGUGUACAUUGAAAAGAUGGGACUUGGUCAUCAAGAGACACGAGAUGUAUUUGAUAUGGUUUAUGCAGCGGCAAUCAAACAGGUUAGACAAUGUCCAUUCAUCGAUACACAAUUUGAAAAUAUUAAAACACUCGAUCGAUUGGUAGAAUUAAAUGGUAGAAACUAUAUGACACCGAGUCAAAUCAAAGAUGCCUAUUCAAUCUUUACCAAAACAUUUUCAACUACUCUUGACAAAUCAUUGGAAUUCAACAAAGAAAAUGUUAAAAACUAUUCUCUACCUUGUUUUAGAUCUGUCAAUUUAUUAAUCAAAGUUUUCCAAUUAAAUAAUCAAAAUAAUAAUAAUCAAAAUAAUAAUAUUGAACUAUCAAUUGAAGAAAUAGAGAUUUUAUUAAAAAUUGGACAAGAGACAUCAUUGUGGAGUCAAUUGGUUAUACCUUUUAGAGUAGUUUUGGCAAUAAUAUUACAAACAAACACUCUCAAUAAUAUCGAUACAUCCUCACUUUAUCACAAACAACAAUCAGAUGAUUGUUUAAAAUCAUUUCAUUCAAGUGUCAUGGAAAUGCGAGAUACUUUGGUGUAUGGGUCUAUUGUCAAGGACCAAGUUGAAUGUGUACUAGAUUGCUACAAUUGGUAUAUCAACCAUACAGCACCGUGGAUGGAUCAAACGUACGAUCAAUUUGAAACAGCCACCAAUUCACUAUUAAAUAUUAAAAGACUAUUAGAAUUUGAUGAAUAA